CGAUCAGCGUCGGCAGCGCCACUGCGGCAAAUUUGGUGUCUGUGCGGGGGAGACGUCAAGAAAUUAGGCAGAGAAAAAUCGAAAUUGUUUGAUAAAUGUGAAGAGAGCAGGAAAAAGGCGUAAUCCGUGUACAUAGAGAGCUCAUUGUGGUCGAGAUGAACGUGAAAAUGCCGGAUUUCAACGUGAAGAAGCUGGUGAAGGAGGCGGGCAGCACCCUGUCGCGGGUGGUGCAGUUGACGGAAGAGAAGCUGGGCACGUCAGAGAAGACGGAAUUGGACUCACACUUUGAGAAUCUCAGCGAGCGCGCCGAGUGCACAAAGCUAUGGACGGAGAAAUUGGUGCGGAACACAGAGGCGGUGCUGAUCCCAAAUCCGGGCAAUCGCGUGGAGGACUUCAUCUUCGAGAAGAUCGAGAAGAAGAAGCCCAACCGCCUCAGCAACUUGGAGUACCUCGGCCUUGACAUGAUUGAAGCGGGCGGGGAGUUUGGCCAGGAUGGCGCUUACGGGAGUACGCUGAUCAAGGUGGGACAGGCGGAGCAGAAGCUGGGCCAGUGCGAGAGGGACUUUAUCGGAUCGGCCGGGAUGUGUUACACGCAGCCGCUGAAGAAGUUCCUCGAGGGCGAAAUGAAGACCAUCAUCAAGGAGAAGGGCAUCCUGGAGACAAAGAGAUUGGAUCUCGAUGCGUGCAAGAAUCGCGUGAGGAAGGCCAGAAGCAUGCUGGGACAGCAAACGAAAGAUGGAAUUCCACCAGAGGUGACUCUGGAGCAGGCCGAACGUGAUCUUCGAAUAGCGCAGUCUGAGUUUGAUCGCCAAGGAGAGAUCACGAAACUCCUGUUGGAAGGCAUCAGCACAUCACAGUCUAGUCAUUUGCGCCACCUUCACUCCUUCGUGGAGGUUCAAGUGCGCUACUUCAAUCAAUGCGUGGAAAUCAUGAAUGGACUGCAGCGCGAAUUGGCCAGUUUGGGAGGCCCCAAUCCGUAUGUUCCCGUUGGACUGCCCGAUGAAAAGGCCAACAGCGAUGCGAAUGGUAGCGAAGUGGGUGGUGGAAACAUGAGGCGGGCUCGUGUCCUGUGUUCUUAUGACGCCAGCGGAAGUACAGAGCUCAAUUUGACGGCAAAUGAGGUGAUAUUUGUCUCAGAAUGUAAUCCACCGAAUCCCGACUAUAUGCAUGGGAAGCAAGGUUUGCUCAAGGGACUCGUGCCACGUGCUUUCCUCGAGAUGCUCGACGAUUGAGGAGCAGAAGCUGGUGUGUUUCUCCAGGCUCUGCUGGCGGAGGAUUUGUGUGCGCGUGAGUGAGUGAAAGGAGAGAAAAUUCAUAGGAUGCAGAGAGGACAAAAAAAAGACACAUUUAUUGUGGAGGACAAAUAAUUUAUUCACUAUACAAAAAGAAAAAAAGAAUAUUAACGAUAUAAAAAUAUUUACUUAUAUUUAGAUGAUGAAGAAGAUGGAGAAGAAGAUGUUGGCGAAAGCAUGUGAGACACGCAGUCGGUGUAGUUGUGAGAUGAUUUAGCGAAUAAUUUAACAAGAAAAAAAGGAUUAACAGUAAGGAAGAGAACAAUAUUACUUAAUGCAACGCAAUAUACUCUCUGAAAUAGACUCACAAAUCAUUUUUUUCAUAAAAACAUUCAGUGUCAUUCUUAUGCAAUUAACCAAGAAAUCACAUUGGAAACACACAAUUGAGGAGAGACUUUAGAAUUUAUUUAACACACACAAUUUCUUUCACCUUCACCUCAAAAUGCAGAGUUGAAAGUGUAGCGAAAAAAUAGACUUGUUUAGAAUCUCUGAUGAUGAGAAAUCAUGUUGAGCAGUGACUUUAGUUAUAGUUGUUAAACACUUUCAGUGACAAAUUGAAUAAUCACGAGAAAUUAUCACUGAAAUUAGAGAAGAUAUAAUGAGCUUAAUUGGCUUAAUUGACGCAACAUUUAUUCUUCAAACUGAAUUAUUCAGUCCAAAAUGUUCGGUGAUUUUUUCUCAAAUUAAAUUUAUUAACGUCAUCAAAUGAAAAUGCUGCCCUCCUAAAAUAUAUAUUUCCUUUCCUUAUCACUUCUUCAAUUUUAUCUCACUGUUUUUUUGUCUAAUUCAAUUCUGCAUUACUAAUGCAAUCACACUGCCGACCAAAUUUGGAUCUCAAUAUAUUAUUUUUGUAUAUUCUCAUUGAAAAACAAAGGUUCAUUCAUUCAUUAUUAACUUCAAUUCUCUGUGAAAAUGGUGAAAAGAGUUUACAAAGAAGCUAAAAAAUGUCCAAAUUUCUGAAAAGUGUCGCAUGAAAUGCUAUUAAAAAUUGCAUAAUUCCUUUGGAAAAGCUGUGGUAUAUUUUGUUUAUUGUGUUUUAUUCUGACAUUUAUGUUAAAAAAAAAACUAAUAUGAAAUUAUAUAGUAAAAAAAGACACUUUUAAAGUCAAAUUAUCGUAUUAAAAAUCAUCUAAUUAAGCUUUCUAUCAAUUCCUUGAUGUGCUUUUCUUUCUUCUUUCGAGAAGGUUUUUAAUGAGGAGAAAGAGAGAAAAUAAUAAUAAUGUAUCAAAAUUUAUUCAAUUAUAUUAAUCCUUGUCUCAAUUAUAAUUCACUGAGAAGAUGAGAAAGAAAGAAAAAAACUCGGGAUGAGCUCUUUAAUGUCAUUAAAUUUAAUAAAACUCUCUAAAUCUAAUUAACUUUUAAUGAACAUUCUUCCAUUGUAAUUGUUAUUAAAGUGAAUCUAUAUUUAAUGAAAAAAACACUUUUAUCUUCGUAAAAGCGACACAUUAAAAGAAAACUCACUAUAAAAAUUACUUAUAAUAUCGAAUUAUAGUGGAAUAUUUAAAGGCAAAGAGAAGAAAUUACUUUUUAGCUUUUGUCGCCAUGUAUGUUGUUUGUCAAUUAUAUUCUCCUGAAGAUAAUGAAACAAAACAAAAGAAAACUAUUUAGCGUUAUCCAAGGACAGUGCAAAAGAAAAGGAUCGCUUCGUUCAAUUGUUGAGAGUGCCUCUCGUACAGUGGCAAUAAGCAAAAAAUAGGCAUCACAGUUCUUGAAUCUAUUUACCAUCACACGUUGAAUUUCUAGAGAUUCUUCAUUGAUUAUAAG